UGAAGUGCAGUACGCGAUCCGAAUACAGUUAAGUGCAGUACGCGAUCCGAAUACAGUGAAGUGCAGUACGCGAUCCGAAUAAUCGACACCGACCCAAAGAGGAAAUAAUUUGCGAAGAAAUGUCCGCAGAAAGCCAAGAAUCAAGUAAUGAUGGAACUUUGAAAUUUGGCGGGGAAAAAUCUGUAUUCCAAGAUGGAUGCUCUGUAAAUGAGGAAGAAAAUACGAAUGUUUCUCAAAAAAAUGUUCAAAAACCAAAAUAUCAACGCGAGAAAAGUUUUCUAAAAUCCGGCAAGACACGUGACUCAAGCAGAAGAAGAAGUGAUGAAUUCUCCUCUGAUGGCGGGAGCAGGUCGUCAGCUGUUCAAACCGGCUUUAGUGUGAAGCCCAAGCCAAGCCGUGAGCUGUACCGUCCUCCUGUACUUACUUCUUCUCCGCCAAACCUUAAUCCAGCAGCUAAAGAGUUUGCGCCCCUCAGACUCUCAAGAUCUUUUGAUAUUUCAUCAAGGAAUGAUGGUGAACAGCAAACAGUUCUUCCUACAGCGACGGCAGUGACAUCUUUACAGGGGCCUCAAGAUAAUAUCAUUCUUAACAGAACUGGAUUGACAAUAACAGUUCAUGGAAAACAUAACAAUUCAAACAGUUCAUACAGUACAAAGUUCCGAUCUGUGAAAUCACAGCUCAGUGUUGAUAGACAUUAUGAUGAUCAGCUGAGUGAGCGACCGAAUCAGCUGAUAGAUCUUUCAAGUCAGCUGAUUGACCUGGAGCUCUUCCAUUUCCCACCAGAAGUACUCAGCACUUUAAAAAAAGCCCUAGAUGACCCAAACAGGUUUUUUAAUACGUUCUUUAAGUUCAAUAAAUACAGACUACAGGGUGAUUAUAUACGUUUGGUUAUUUUUGAUUUGAUCAAAAUUCAACCCUGCAGUUGCAGUUAAUAACAUUCUUUCUUG